CGGAGCUGUGUACAGGAAAACCAGGCUGUCCAAGCAUGAAUGUGUGGCUUUUGCAGUUGAAAACGGUGGCAUUUUCAGUUCCACACAAUGUUUGCUCUGUCUGAGCUGUGGUCGGGCGGUGAACGUCAGGGCAGCUAUAAGCUCCUAAAGCCAUGGUGGGAGGUCUUCAUGGACUACCUGCUAGUGUUAAUGCUAAUGGUGUCCAUCCUCGCCGGGACUCUCCUGCUGUCCAGGGACGGAGUCGUGUGUGUCCCUGUACACUCGUUCCCCACCAACCACACCACCACCAUUGAUCCCAUUCCUGAAACUGCCUUUACAAGCACAUCCGCAAGGGGGCGACGUACCAACCUAGACUUCCAGCAGUACAGCUACAUUAGCCAGGUUUGCUAUCACGAAGCGCUGCCCUGGUACUCACGCUUCCUACCGUACGUCACGCUGCUCCAUACACUGGUUCUGCUGGCUAGUGGCUGCUUCUGGUUCCACUUCCCGCUCACUUCCGCACGUAUAGAGCACUUCCUGUCGCUUCUCGCCAAAUGCUGCGAAUCGCCGUGGACAACCAAAGCACUGUCGCAUACCGCCAAACUGGACACUCGCUUCUCGGAGGCGGAGCCAGUGGUGCAACCCAAAGCUCAGGUAGCAUCAGCGUACAAAAUGCGCAAGUCGAGUUUGGACUCGGGAACGGACAGCCCUCUGCUGGCAGGAAUUGACACUGCAUCCACAACCACACAGCCAUCUCCAUGUCCCUCCACAGUGUCCCAUUGCUCCGCGUUCUCCACUCGCUCACUCACAGAGCCUGUCCAUCCAGUGCAAGUCAGUCCAGAUCGCUCCAGACCAGGCGCCACGCUGGACCGUAGUGAUAGAGAGCAGGCCAGAGCGCUCUUCGAGAGAGUGCGCAGGUUUCGAGCUCACUGCGAGAGUUCCGAUGUCAUAUAUAAGGUGUACACGGCACAGACGGUGUUCAAAGUGCUGAAGUUCGUGCUGAUCGUGAGCUACACCACUCCUCUGCUGAGCUGCAUCUCCUUCAGUCACAUCUGCCGGCCGCGCUCUGACGCUCUAAUUGGCUACAGUGAGUUCCAGUGCAGUCACCCGCUGUCCUCCGUCCUGCGCCAGCUCAUGCAGGCCUACGUCUCGCUGCUCUUUCUGUUCGGCCUGUUGGCCAUCUACGCACUCUUCUGGAUCUUACACAAGUCUUUAAGGCAGUACUCGUUCCAGACUCUGCGUGAGAAAGGCUCGAUGCUGGACGCUCCAGACCUUCACAAUGACCUGGCGUUCCUCCUUCACAUGGCGGAUCAGUACGACCCUCUGCUGGCACAGCGACUGUCCGUGUUCCUGUCGCCGGUCAGCGAGACACGGCUGCUGCAGGAGAGCGUGGAGCGGCGCUGGGGAGCUGAACGCUUGCGUGCCAUCACCUCCUCUGACCAGCAGGGGCGCUCUGUCCUGCAGCUGGUAGCUCUCCCUCACCUGCCACCCGCGCUCUUCUCCUUCAGCACGCUGCAGGUGCUCAAGCUGGAGCUCAUAGCAGACGCCAAACUCACCGCACAGAUCACCAACAUGAGCGCACUCAGAGAGCUACAUCUUUACCACUGCUCUGCAUCUGUGGAACCUGGAGCCCUGCAGCAUCUUCAGGAGCAUCUGGAGGUCUUGCAUCUCACCUUCACCACGGCCUCAGAGAUCCCGGGGUGGGUUUACUCUCUGCGGGGCCUUCAGGAGCUCCAACUGACGGGCCGACUGGGUAGUGAGGGCGGGAUGGGGCGCGGAUGGGCCCUCGGGAGCCUCCGACAGCUGAGGCACCUCCGUGUUCUGGUGCUGCGAGGGACAUUGCAGAAAGUCCCAGCAGAACUGAGCGAACUGGCCGGGAGUUUGCUGAAACUAGAGAUCCAUAAUGAAGGCACCAGAUUACUGGUUCUUACAGGUCUGAGGCGUGUGCCGGGGCUGGCAGAGCUGCAUCUGCAGGGCUGUCAGCUGGAGCGUCUGCCAUCGGCUCUGCUGUCGCUCUCCAGCCUGCGCUCUCUGGAUCUCCAGCACAACAGCCUGCGGACCCUAGAAGAGCUGCUGGGUUUGCAGCAUCUGCGCCGCCUGUCCUGCCUCAGACUGGCCCACAAUCAGGUACUGUCCCUGCCAGCAAGCGUGGGCGUGCUGCGGGCGCUGGAGCUGCUAGAUCUGUCCUAUAAUCAGCUGCAGACACUACCAUCUGCGCUCUUCACGCUGCACAGACUGCGGCGCCUCCUGCUGGCCGGGAAUCUGCUACAGGAUCUGCCGGCAGAUAUAUCGGAUUUAACACUUUUAAAUGAACUCGAUCUGAGCGCUAAUAAACUCGAGCGUCUUCCUGCAGAGCUGUUUGUUGGUUGUGUUGAACUGCGAGUGCUGAAUGUAGCGAGUAAUUCUCUGUCCUGUUUGCCGCCCGGAAUAUCCGGGCUGACGCUGCUAUCCCGGCUGGACGUGCGAGGGAACAGUCUGGAGGCGCUGCCACUGGAGCUAGGCUGCUGUUCAGGGCUGCGGGGCGGGGGUCUGCUGGCGGAGGGCUGGCUAAUGCACACGCUGCCCCCGCAGGUCAGGGACGGCCUGCUGUCUGAGGUCCCAUCACGGCCCGAGUCUGAAUGCUUUCCUCGUUUUCCAUCCACGCAGUGGAGCUUUCACUCCGCUCUGGAGUCUCGGAUAUAACACGUCUGCUGCAAAACAAACUUUGGGAACUGAUAUGGUACAUUCACACCAGACGCAGAUGAAGUGGCAAGCGCAAGUCAUUUACAUGUUAAGUCAAUGCAAAGACGCGAUCAGACAUCCUGCGGUGCGAAUUGAGAGUUCUGGACACUAAAGAAGAUAUUUUGAAGAAUGCUGAAAAAUGGUAACCAUUGACAUCCAUAGUAGCAUAAACAAAUACAAUGGAAGUCAGUAGUUUUUCAGCAUUCUUCAAAAUAUCUUCUUUUGUGUUCAGCAGAAGAAAGAAACUCAUAAACGUUUUAAACAAGUAAAGGGUAUGUUUUUUGGGUGAACUACCCCUUUAAGUGGUUUCAGAUCUGUUUGGGUUCUUUAUUACAUUGAACACAAGUGAAGUUUCAUAAACUAAUUUGGAGAGGAGCACGUGAUAUGAUUGAGCACGUCUGGCCACUCAUCUGUAAUAAGUAAUAAUCCAAUCAGAGUGAUCCUAGUUUACUAUAAAUGGAUCAUUUUCUUCCUACUGUUUCUAUCUUCAUUUGGAAGAAUCCCCCCUUCCACCCCAUCUCCUCCUUUUCCUCCCUUUUCUAAAGGGGGAGCUCUCGAGACCUACCUGAUCUCGGAUCUCCUGAUAUGCUUAUUGACUGGGCGGGAGCCCUGGGCUCAAAUAUCUCCGAGCUCAGGGUUCUCUCCCGGGACAGCAUGCCAAACCUGCUUUAUACGCCAAACAUAUCUAAGUGGGAACUCUUGAAAGGUAGAUAAUUUGAAGAAUGCGGGGUAAAAACAGCAGUAUUUUUACAAAGCAGUAUUAUAGAAACAUAUACAACAAAUAUUUUUACAUACAUUUUUAACAUAUAAAGUUUAUUGUUUAUAAAUAUUUGGUAAUAAUGGUCUAUUGAACUAAAUAUGAAUAGUCUUUUAUGGCAUUUAUUAAUCACGAUUCACAAUUUACUAAUGCAUUAUUACAAUAUAUGCUUGUUAACAUUCGUUAAUGCACUGUGAGUUAACC